AUGGAAGUGAUGGAAAUCGCUGGAAAAGGUCCACUAAGAGCUCCAAUAUCUCUUGCUCUAGAAAUGGAGGUGUAUGCGAACUCGAUCGAGUCGGUCUACAGAGGACUUGGUCGAGCUAGACUUACAACGGGUAGAAAGAGGGUUCAGAGGUCACAGAGGGUACAAGAGGAACCUGAGGUGCUUGUUGCUGAUACAAUGGAUGUACCAGAGGGGAAUGGAAACCCUUUGGGCAAUGGACUCGGUCGAGCUAGGCAAACUCGACCGAUUGGUCAAGGAGAUGCUCCAAACCGCCACCAACAGAGACAAGGGAUUGUUCCACCACCAGUGCAGAACCACAACUUUGAGAUCAAGCUGGGAAUGAUCAACCUUGUCCAGAACAAGAUGUUCCAUGGAUUGCCAAGUGAAGACCCCAUUGACCACCUUGAUGAGUUUGAUAGGCUUUGUGAUUUGACAAAGAUCAAUGGUGUCUCUGAAGAUGCCAUCAAGCUGAGACUCUUUCCUAUGUCUCUAGCUGACAAAGCUCACCAAUGGGAGAAGAGCUUGCCCCAUGGCACAAUCACCACUUGGGAUGAAUGCAAGAAGGCCUUUCUUGCUAAGUUUUUCUCCACCGGUCGCACAGCCAAGCUUAGAGGAGUGAGAUAUCCAGCUUCAUCCAGCGAAACAAUGAGACAUUCGCAGAGGCUUGGGAGAGGUUCAAAGGCUUGUGGAGAACAUCACCCUCUCAACAGAAGAUAUGGAGACAAUUAUGAUAGCAUUGACUGGAGCUCGACCGCUCACUCGAUCGAGUCCGAAGCUCAGAUGCGAAAAGACUUGCAGGCUCUCCAUUCGAAGAUUGACAAGCUGAUUGUAGCUCAAUUUCCUCCCAAAGAAGUCAACUCUAUCUCUGAUACAACUCAGGCUAUCAAACAGGAAGGGGAGGAGAAACACCAUACAAGCACCACUCCAACCAUAAGGAAGACCAUCUAUGGUCACACAUUCUACCAGGCACCUGUGGCUUACCAAAUGACUCAACACAGAUCCAACCAGCAAGGGCACCUUCCAAGUUUCCCACCAGGAUUCCCACCAAUGCCAUACCCAACUACACAGAGCCAAGAUUGGGAUAUGAAGGAUAUGCUCCAACAACUCCUUCAAGGGCAAGCCAAAGGAAAUUCAAUACGAAAAACAAAGUGUAAAUCAGGAGCCCAGAAGCUAAGAGAGAAGAAACGAAAAGAAGCAGAGGAUAAGGCUCACGCAGGUUCUCUCUUGAGGUUAUUUAAAAAGGCAAAAACUCAUGAGCGUGGUGGAAUUGUUGAUGAAAAUCCUACUGGUUUAGAAGAUGAUAAGACAGAGGAAAUCAUUGAUGAGCGUGAGAAAGAGGAAAACGAGAAGGUAUUGAGAGAAGAAGAAGAUGAUGUGGUUGUUGAAGAACAAGAGGGGAUUUUGGAUAAAACUGAUCCUGCAAAUUGGAAAGUAGUUGAUCAGAGUUUGAGAGACUUUCUAGUGACAAAAGGUCCUAUGAAAAGAGUACACCAUGACUACGACUUUCCGAAAAAUGGCCGUGGGAGACAUUUUUCUCAUAGGAUAAGGCUGAGCCAACAUGAAACUAGCCAUUGUCAUAUCGUGUGCAUGAGUCGGUGGAUGGAAUUGGAAUCGAGACUAAGAAGCGGCACGACAAUUGAUAAGGGUCUCCAAGAAGAUAUCAACAAAGUGAAAAACCAUUGGAGAGAGGUUCUAUUGAGAAUAUUUUCAUUGGUGACAACUCUUGCUAAACAGAAUUUAGCAUUUCGUGGAACUAAUGAGAAGCUUGGUGAAAGAAACUGUGGAAACUUUCUCACUUUUGUUGAAUCAUUUGGGGAAUUUGAUCCGGUCAUGCGAGAGCAUAUCAGACGAGCUAAAGACCGUAAGUCUCAAUAUCAUUACUUAAGCCACAGAAUUCAAGACGAGUUGAUUGUUACGCUAGGAUCUGAGGUCAAACUUAUGAUCAUCAAGAAGAUUCAAGAGGCCAAAUAUUUUGCAGUGAUUCUUGAUUGCACCCCAGAUAAGAGUCACAAAGAACAGAUGAGUCUUAUCAUCAGAUGUGUGGAUGUCUCCUCAUCUAAAACAAGAGUUGAAGAAUUUUUUGUGACGUUUGUGGAAGUUUCAGAUAAAACAGGGGAAGGACUUUUUGAGCUGCUUUGUAAUACUUUGGCUGCUCACAAUUUGAAUAUCCAGGAUGUGAGAGGACAAGGCUAUGAGAAUGGAUCAAAUAUGAAGGGAAAACACAAAGGAGUACAAAAAAGAUUGCUUGACAUCAAUUCAAGAGCAUUUUUCACGCCUUGUGGUUGCCAUAGUCUGAAUUUGGCACUUUGUGAUAUGGCCAAAUCUUCUACAAAAGCAAUUGCUUUUUUUGGAAUCAUUCAACGGAUAUACUAUUUGUUUUCAUCAUCUACGACUAGGUGGGAGAUAUUCAAGGAGAAGGUAGGAGGUCUCACACUUAAGUCAUUAUCAGAGACUCGAUGGGAAAGUCGUGUUGAUAGUGUUCGAGCAAUUCGAUUUCAGGCUGCAAAGAUAAGAGAUGCGUUGGAUUACUUGGCAGAACAUUGUGAUGAUCCUGGAGCUCGCAGCGAUGCCGAAUCUCUUGCUACAAGUGAAACACAUGGAAUUGGUGGAUUUGAGUUCUUAUUUGGUAUGGUAAUCUGGUAUGAUCUUUUAUUUACUGUUAAUACAGUAAGUAAGGCGAUGCAGUCUGAGCAUAUUGAUAUUGAUGAUGCUCUUGUUCAAUUAAAAGGGCUGGUUUCUUUUCUGAAAAACUACAGAGAAACUGGAUUUGAAACAUCAAGAGCAGAAGCGAUGAUUAUUGCAGAGUCUAUGGAUAUUGAGGCUAACUUUCCUGUGAAACAAAAGCGGAGAAUCAAGAGGACAAGGCAUUUUGAUGAAGAAGUGGAAAGAGAUGAUGAAUUCGAGAUGCUGAGUGAGGAAGAGAAGUUUAAAAUCGACUUUUUCAAUACAAUCAUGGAUCAAGCUAUAGUAUCUCUUCAGACAAGGUUUGACCAAUUUGAAGAGUAUGGAAAAUUGUUUGGAUUUUUGUUUGAUCUGAAGAAGCUUAAAUCUGCAACAGAUGAUAGUUUAAAAGCAUCGUGUAUCAAUCUUGAAACUGCUCUUAAACAAGGUGAGGUUUCAGACAUUGAUGGAUCUCACUUAUUCCUAGAGCUUAGAGUUUUAAGAGAUAUUUUGCCAAGCGAGAUCAAGAAGGCAGCUGAAGUGUUAGACUUUUUAAAAAAGUACGGAGGUGUUUGUUAUCCAAAUACAUGGAUUGCAUACAGAGUGAUGCUAACUAUUCCAGUUUCAGUCGCAUCGGCCGAAAGAAGUUUUUCCAAGCUAAAGUUGAUAAAGUCUUACUUACGAUCUACUAUGUCUGAGGAGAAACUGAACGGCUUGGCGAUGCUCUCAAUUGAGAGGGACAUGGUAGGAAAGCUUGACUAUCAAACUUUGAUGAAUGACUUUGCAGGAAAGACUGCAAGAAGAGAAAUUUUUCGAAAACGGUAG